AUGUAUUCUCGAUGUGGCAGUAGUGGCUCUAUACAAAACAUUCACCAAACACCAUCAUCGUCGAAUCAUAAUUCAGAAGAUGAAGAUGAUAGUGGGGACAACAAAGCGUCAGCAAUAAGUUUUAAAGAAAGGAGGAGGGAAGCCCAUACACAGGCUGAACAAAAAAGAAGAGAUGCAAUUAAGAAAGGCUACGAUUCAUUACAAGAGUUAGUGCCAACUUGCCAGCAAACAGAUGCAUCUGGCUAUAAGCCUAGUAAAGCAACUGUCUUACAAAAAUCCAUUGACUACAUACAAUACCUUUUGCAACAACGACGUCGACAAGAAGAAGAGCGUAACGCGUUACGCAAAGAUGUGGUAGCAUUGAGAAUUAUGCAGGCUAACUAUGAACAGAUCGUGAAGGCCCAGCAUUCAGUACCAGGCCACAGUGAGCAGAGAUUGACGGACCAGGAGAAAUUUCAAGUUUUUCAGGGCAUCAUGGAUAAAUUGUUUGAAUCCUUCGAAUCGGUGCCGACCAAUAAUUUCGCGGAGUUCUCAGCUGGCGUCUUCAAUUGGCUCGAGGAAUACUGCAAGCCUCAGUCUUUGCGCACGUUAGUACAUGGCGUGUUGCGUGAUCAGAGCUAUACACCCUAG